CUUGUGCAGUGUAAAGAGGAUUCAUGCGGGAAAAAUGCGAUUUGUUUCGUUAAUCACCACAUGAUCAAUUGUGUCUGUCCAAAUGGUUAUACCGGUGAUCCAUUCAAAGGUUGCACUGUGAAAUCGAUGAUUGCUGGCAUGGCCGGUGAUCCACACUGCCGGACAUUCGAUGAACAACGUUUUGACUACAUGGGAACAUGCCCAUAUUACUACGUUGUCCCCUGCGGCACAUCAUUUCCGAAGCCAUUCGGAUCAUUUUGGCUCAAAGCCAAAAACCAACUUUCCUUUCCGAAUGCACAUGUUUCUACAGUUUCCGAGUUCGAGGUGCAUCUUCAGGAUCAGACAUAUCACGUGGAUAGGAUGUACAAUUUGUAUAUGAAUGGCAUCCAUGUUACAAUGCCACACCAUUUCCCAGACAGGAAAAAUUCCAAGGUUCGAUUUAGCAGUACUGCAACGCAAAAUCGCUCGGACUGUCUAAGUGGGUCUUCGAUGCAAUACCGUAUCUGGCACUGCAAAGCAUGCAUUACUUAA